CAGACACGGUCACUCUGAACAUCUCCGCCAUUUUAGCUGUAGCUGCAGAAAAUUUUUCGCAACAAUAGUUGAAAAAGCUGUUGUUUAUAAUGUAAAUAUAUUAUAUAUGUGAAUAUCGUAUAUUCGUAACAGCUAUAUAAAUAGUUAUUCGUCAACUACGGGCUUUACUUGCAUUUAUACGUACGCCGCACGCCGGUGGCUAGUUGUUCGACUGUACGGGCGGCUUGUGAUUGUGAGCGUGUGUGUGUGGUGGAAAAAGUGUGCACGGCACCGCUAAAUAAGUUGGUCGCGUGCGUUUAAAAUCAAUUUUUUUGUCCAGUAAACGCUCGUGCAACCAUGGCCGACGGUGUGGUUCUGGACUUAUAUGCCGAAGAUUUGGACAAAGAUUUUGCCGGACAAGCUCAGGAUGAAUUUGGUGGCGAUGGCGUCGAUUUGUACGAUGACAUCGGUGGCCCCACCGAGCCAGUAGCUGCGGGCGGCGGCGGCGGUGGUGGCACUCCAACUGGAGAUAAUGUAUCCGGGCCUGGAUCCAUCGACGGUUCCUCUAAUGUCGGUCCCAAUGGAGUUUACCAUCAGGGCAGUGGUAACCAAACUCCAACAAUGAAUCGCCGCUAUCAGCUCUAUGUUGGUAAUCUGACCUGGUGGACCACAGAUCAAGAUAUAUCGAAUGCCUUACGUGAAAUUGGCGUUAACGAUCUACAGGAGGUGAAAUUCUUUGAGAAUCGUGCAAAUGGUCAAUCGAAGGGCUUUAGCGUAAUAUCGCUUGGUUCCGAACCUAGUUUACGCACUGUACUCGAUCAGUUACCCAAAAAGGAGAUGCACGGCCAGACCGUGGUAGUCACCUAUCCAAGCAAGCAAGCACUUACCCAGUUUGAGAGCCUGCAAAAAACACGUCCAGUACCGCCACCGCAGCAAAAUGGACCACCCCGUGGACCUGCACCACCCAACAUGGGCGGACCGAUGCCUCCGCAUCCGGGCGUGCCCCAAGGUGUGCCUCCUGGACAUGCGCCACGCAUGAAUCCCAACCUACCACCAGGUCAAUACCGGCCACAUAUGUCGCAAGUGCCGCAGGUUGGACCAAACUCUGGACCUCCAAGAAUGCAGCCGCCAAUGCAUCCACAAGGCGGCCCAAUGGGCAAUCAACAGCCACCUCCCAGGUAUCCGCCAGCGCAAGGUCAAUGGCCAGGUCAACGUCCCGGUGGACCCCGACCGGGUCCACCAAAUGGACCGCUCCAACGACCACCAAUGUUCCAGGGGCCAAUGGGCAUGCCAGUUCGUGGUCCUGGGCCGGGUCCUGAUUGGCGUCGUCCUCCCAUGCAUGGUGGCUUCCCGCCGCAAGGGCCGCCACAGGGUCCACCGCAUAUGCAGGGCCCGCCACGCCCGCAAAUGGGUCCUGGUCCACCGCCUGGUUCGGGUGGACCACAUGGCGCUCCCGCUCCGCAUGUCAAUCCAGCAUUCUUUAACCAACCAGGAGGUCCGCCACCGCAUCCAGGUAUGGGUGGCCCCCCACAUGGUCAACCAGGGCCACAGCCAGGCAUGAACAUGCCUCCUCAGCACGGACCACCACCUCAUUUUGCACAACAGGGUGGACCGCGCAAUCCGUGGCCAGGACCUCCGCAAGGCAAACCUCCAGGCGCUUUCCCCGAUCCGCAAAUGGGGCCGCAAUUAACAGAGGUAGAAUUCGAAGAGGUGAUGAGCAGAAACCGCACGGUCAGCAGCUCGGCGAUUGCCAGAGCUGUUUCUGAUGCUGCCGCUGGCGAGUAUUCAAGCGCCAUCGAAACAUUGGUUACCGCUAUUUCCCUCAUCAAGCAAUCUAAGGUGGCUCACGAUGAGCGUUGUAAGAUUUUGAUCAGCUCACUGCAGGACACACUGCACGGUAUUGAGGCCAAGAGUUACAAUCGACGCGAACGUUCGCGUUCACGCGAUCGGUCCCAUCGCAGUCGUCAACGUCGUGAGCGAUCGACUUCGCGCUAUAGGGAGCGUUCCCGUGAACGAGAGCGUGAUCGUGAUCGCGAGCGUGAGCGUGAUGGAGGCUAUCGGGAGCGGUCACGAAGUCGUGAACGCGAGCGUCAAGCUCAGGAUCACUACAGAGACGACAGCAGCAGCCGAUCGGCACGUCCACGUAAAUCUCCAGAGCCGGUUGUUGCAGAAGCCGCUGAAGCACCGUCAUCUAAACGGUAUUACGAGGAAAGGGAACGGUAUCGCUCUUCGGAUCGUGAACGUCGUGAUCGGGAUCGGGACCGUGAGCGUGAGCGAGAACGUGAUCGGGAUAGGCGUGAGGAGCAUCGUUCCAGGCAUUGACUGCUACACAAGCGAAAGCAAAAUUAAUAACAACCAACACAUACCCAAACACAUCUUACACCUCCUAGACACUUUUAUUAACACAUAAUAAUGAUGCAGCAAGCUGAAGAAGGCCAGCCACAAGAUUAACAAAUUUUGAUUUGUAUCUAACAUUACCAAUACGUAGGAUAUGAAUAUGGUAUAACAUAGUUUCUCCUAGACGUACUAGAGUAAGCCGAAAUGUUGACAAGCCUCUACAAAAAAACAAUACACAAUUGAACGACGGACUGCCACGCCCACACAAUUUAACAUAUUAACGGCAUUAUAACUGCAUUGCAUCUGCACACAUCCCAAUUGAGGUCGUCAUCGCGGAUGAAGGGACGGGACGGAUGGACAGCAGCUACAGACGAAAUGAACUACAAUCAACAUCAUCAUCGUCAUCUUCACCGCAGAAUUUCAAUAUUAUUGUACUU